AUGGAUUCGCAAGAUGAGUGGGAUAACGACGAUGACGAUUUGAAGCAGGUCGAUUCAGAUGAAGACGAUUCAGAAGAAGAAAAGAAAUGGAUUAUCAAGGAAGCUGUAGUAGAGAAUAAGAUUCUCACCUACUCGGAAAUCCUCGCCUCCAUGCAAGCCGUCAUCAAAGACGUCCAAUCAGUUCUCCAACAACCAGCUGGAAUCUGUCGAAUCCUUUUACAAAAUCACAAAUGGAGCAAAGGCCAGCUUCUGGAGAGGUUCUACGAGGAUCCGGAAUUUCUAACGAACACAAAUAUGAUUCCAAGUGAUCCAGCUCAGAAGCCAGAGGAUGGUCCAAGAGAUUGUGAUAUCUGUUGUGAAAAUACAGAGCUAGUAGGACUCUCCUGUAACCAUAUGGCUUGUAGGGAUUGCUGGAAAUUCUAUUUGGCUGAAAAAAUCAAAGAAGGAAAGUCCAUAAUUGAGUGUAUGGCUUCAGAUUGUAAAUUACUGGUUUAUGACUUUAACGAAUUCGUCGGAGAUGAUAAGGAGAUGAUAACCCAAUUUGAGAAGCUCACUGUAAAUGCCUAUGUCGAGUCUACAAGCUCUAUCUCCUGGUGCCCCUCCGAGAAUUGCAGUCUAGCUGUCAAAUCUGAUUCCAAUGGAAUUGUCGAAUGCUCCUGUGGCACUAAAUUCUGCUCCAGUUGUGGAUCCGCCCCACACGAUCCUGCCACGUGUCGCCAUGUGAAGAUCUGGAAUCGAAAAGCGGAAAAAGAGAAGGCGACGUCUUCAGUGGGCUUCUCUACCGAUAAAGACACGUUUCAAUGGAUUCUAAGCAAUACGAAGGACUGUCCAAAGUGUAUGACGGCGAUCGAGAAGAAUGGUGGAUGUAUGAGAAUGAGUUGUAGGAAUCAACAAUGCCGUUUUGAGUUUUGCUGGAUGUGUCUGAGACAGUGGUCGGUUCAUGGGUAUUCGCCAUGUAAUACGAAUCCAGGAAUCCAGGAUUCCAGGAAUCCAGGAUUCCAGGAAUCCAGGAAUCCAGGAAUCCAGGAAUCCAGGAAUCCAGGAUUCCAGGAAUCCAGGAAUCCAGGAAUCCAGGAAUCCAGGAAUCCAGGAAUCCAGGAAUCCAGGAAUCCAGGAAUCCAGGAAUCCAGGAAUCCAGGAAUCCAGGAAUCCAGGAAUCCAGGAAUCCAGGAAUCCAGGAAUAGAUUCAGCGAAGAGGCUGAGAAGAAUCGAUUAGAUUCUCGAGCUGAACUCCUUCGUUUCAUGUUCUUCUACAAUCGAUUCAAGGCGCAUGAGCAAAGUUUGGGAUUGGAGAAAAAGCUAAUCCAAAAAAUCGAAAAGAAAAUGGACGAGAUGCAAACGGCUGGAAUGUGCUACUCCGAAACUCUCUUCCUUCGAAAAGCUGUUGACACCCUCUCGGAUUGUCGCCGUACCCUACAGUACACCUACGUCUUCGCCUAUUUUCUGGAGAGAAACAACCAUGCGAUAAUCUUUGAGAACAAUCAAAAUGAUCUCGAAAUGGCCACUGAGCAAUUAUCAGGCUUUAUGGAGCAGAAAUUAGAUGCGGUUACCGAUUUGAAGGUGUUGAGUCGAAAUGUUCAGGACAAGGCUCGCUAUGUGGAGCAUCGUAGAAAGGUGCUCAGCGAGCACUGCGUCGAGGGAUUGGAAAUGGAGAACUGGGUGCUUAAUGAGUAA